AUGGCGGGGCGGAGAGGCCGGGCGGCCGCCAACGCCGCGUCUGCUCCCGGAGGAAGGGCCGCCGCCGCCCGCUCGGCGGAAAUCCCGGCUUCCGUCCCUCCCCCCGCGCCCUCCUCUCCCGAAGGAACGCGCCCGCCCCGCCGCCCCCAGGCGGCUGGUGUUCCGCGGCACCGCGCCCCCAGGCCGCACCCCCUUCGCCCCGGAGGCGCGGCCCUGCGGACCCGGAGCCCCGCAGACCGCCGACCGCCGACCGGGCGCCCGCACCUGCGGCCCUCAGCGGGAGCCGCGCUCAGUCCCGCAGGGGAGCAGCAGCGAGUCAAACCUCACCCAAGAACGGCGCGGCCCUGCACGCCCGAGGCUCCCAGUGCGGCUUCGCGGUGCCGCAGGACGGAGCCCGCGGUCGGUCGGAGGCACCGGGAAGCGCGCGGCCCGCUGUGCUGUUGCAUCGUUUCAGACCAAAAAGAAGUAGUACAGAAACGGUCCAGCCCACCCGCAACGGCUAACCCCCGGGGCCGAAGCCCCGCAGAGCUGGAGACAGGCCCAGGGAGGGGUCCUCGGACACCGAGGAAGGUGCUCUGGCUUCUGACGCUCCCUCUAGGACUUGAGAAGCGACCUCCCUCUGGUUUCCUCUCCCUUCUCCAUCACUGCAGUGAGAACGUCAGGUGGCCCUUGCCUAGAGAAGUGUGCGCUGACUCGUCGCGACUUCAAAUCCAGGGUGAACAUUUUCUUCUCGUUUACUCACAGGCUACAUCUCUCAGCACGAGAACAGCUGAAGUUGGACUGCGGACAAGACCCGCGGGGCCAAAGCAGAGGGAGACACGGAAGGCUCGAAGGGACAGCCAGCCUGCUGGAAAGGCCGCUCGCGAUGGACGCUAGUGGCCGUGCCCAGGCGUGGAUGGAAGAAGGCUCUGGCUGCCAAAUGUUGUCUCUGCUGGUUCCACGCCGUCCCUCAGGAUGAGGAGAAUCCCCUGGGCUGGGCCCCAUCCUGAGGCCUACCUCCUAGUUUGCCAGACUGCCUCUGGCCACUUUACUGCCUCAAAACAGACACAAAAGUCCACUUUUCAAAACCAUCACUCUCACCAGGAAUGGGAAUGCCUGUGAGAAACUGGUGUGCACAUCCCAUGUUAGGGACUCGGUCUCUUCCCUCACACAUUUGCUGCCUGAGGCCACUCUUCAUUCAUCUUCACUAUUGCCGACCUUGCAGCUCUCCCAGGCCUCUCCUCCUUGCCUCGCCUUGCGCCUUGCGGUGGACCCACUGGGGAGGGGUGCAGGGGUGAGGCCCAGUCACAGCAACACCCAAGACCAAACCUCUCAGGACUUGGUGGGAAAACAGAAUUUUUAAGUUAAUUUGAUUCUGGGGAUCCCUGAGUGGCUCACCGGUUUAGCCCCUUCCUUUGGCCCAGGGCGUGAUUCUAGAGAUCCGAGAUCAAGUCCCACGUCAGACUCCCUGCAUGGAGCCUGC